AUGCUUACAGGUCUCUAUGAAGGUGGGGUUUGGAAAAUCCGGGUUGAGCUUCCGGAUGCUUAUCCAUUCAAGUCUCCUUCUAUUGGAUUUGUGAACAAGAUAUUCCAUCCAAAUGUUGAUGAACUGUCCGGUUCUGUAUGCUUGGAUGUUAUUAACCAAUCAUGGAGUCCAAUGUUCGGUAAGCAUCGGGUUACUGCCAUUGCUACUAAUAAGCCGGAGAACUUGUUCAUUUUCUUGAUUGACACCUUUACGCUGUCCCUAUCUUUUAAACAUUUUCGAGGUUUUCCUUCCACAACUCUUGCUUUAUCCAAACCCUUCAGACCCCCUAAAUGGGGAUGCGGCAUCGUUGAUGAUGAAGGAUCGAAAGCAAUACGAUCAAAAAAAUACUGUGAGCGAUACGCAAAGAAAGAAGACACCACGAAAUCCACAGCUGACAACGAGACUGAUGACGACGACAUAACUGAUGAAGAAACCGGAUCGAGUGAUGACGAAUUUACUGGACAUGCAGAUCCAUAG